AUGAUAGUAAUAUGUAUAUCAAAGUGUGAACAGUAUAAUCUUCGAUCUGUUGAAUUGAUAACAAGUUCAUGUCCUACUGAAAUAGAAGGAUUCACACUUUUACCUUGUCUUAUACAUGUUGUAGAUAAAGAAAUAAACAUGCUAGUCUGGCUGAAACUAACCGUGUUGUUUUCAUGUUUACUACCAACAAAAUCUUUGGAAUGUUUACAUUGUGAGGAUGUAAUUCACCCAUCAGACUGUUCCACCUCCACAACGUGUGGUGUAGAUGAUAUGUGUAUGACACAAGAAAUAAGGAGUAUCGGUGGUGAAAGAAGAUUCAAACUCAGCUGUCAUUCAAAGAGGCAAUGUAAUGCUAUCAUGGGCAGUGCUGGAUUGAGCGUUACGUUCUGUAUGGAUUGCUGUGAUUCAAAUAAAUGUAACAAUCAACUAUGUUCAUCGGCCCCAACAACCACAAUGUUACCUACAACGACUACAAUAAAACCAACACAACGUCCCUAUAUAUCAACUGACCAUUCCAGUAUAACAACAAGAUGGGGAACAAGGUUGGAAAUAUCCUGUUAUGGACAUAAUGUGGACCUGGUGCAAAUGCAGAUGCAAAUUGGUUCACUACAUGGUAAAAAAAUAGCAAUACCCACAACUAAAUCCCCGACACCACAUGCCUAUAUAACACCACAGAGUGAUAUGUACAUUAUUUGCACAGGAUACAUACAGCUAAAAGCUGUUACAACAACAAAUAUACAAAUAACUGUAACCGGUGAUAAACCUUAUUUCGCUCAUGCAAGACAGGUGAUAUCCCUGCAUGAAGGAGAAGAUCAAGCACUUUUAUGUUCACCACAAGGAUUCCCUUCACCUGUAGUUACGUGGCAUUAUGCACGGCUCGCAGGACAUAUGAGUACUAUCGGACAUAACUUGCAUAUAAAUCAAAUGAAUAGCGAAAUGGCGGGAAAAUACACGUGUACGGCUCAUAAUUACUUUGGGUCGACGUCAACCGAGUAUAUCAUUCAGUAUAUUUCUCCAGAAACUACUGUAGCUUCUGUGACCACUCUUCCAACAACAGCCUUUAUGAUUCCACCAAUAGUUACCCUCCAACAGAAGUUAAUCAUACCAGAAGGGAAGCCAUCAUCAGUUGUAGCCUGUCAAGUACAAGGGUUUCCCACACCUACUGUUACCUGGGACACUUUCGAUCACAAGUUUCCAUCCAAUGUCCAAAUUCAUGGUCCAUAUCUAAUAAUUCAUAACGCUGGUGUAUACGAUAGCAACAUUUACUUCUGCAAGGCAACGAAUCCUGCUGGAACUGAUAUCAAGGUUAUACACGUCAUAGUGAAUCAUACAGUUAAACCAACAACGUUGCGUCCACAUAUAUCUCCAGUUAUAAGUUCAAGACAAAUUGUCGAAGUGAGAUUUGGAUCGUCUGUAACAUUGAACUGCAAUGCAACCGGAUAUCCGGAGCCACAGAUCACGUGGCACGCACAUCACAAAACUAUUCAUCACAAGACACUUCCGAUUUCCAACGCCACUUUAGAUAAUAAUGGGUUGUAUUUGUGUAUUGCCAUUAAUGAUGCUGGACAAACACAAGCCAGCACAGUGGUAUCUGUAACAGGAGAUGCACCACACAUCACUGUUCCACCUUCAUCUGUAGUUAAACAUGCAGGAGACGUACAAAGCUUCCUGUGUGAGGCUACUGGAAAUCCUCAACCGAAUAUUACUUGGUCUUACACGUCAUAUUUACAUACUAGUAGCCGUGAUAGCCAUACUAUGCCAUCUCACGUGACCAGCUCAGAUGGCGGGAGAAUUCAGCUGACUCAUAUCCAUGAUUCUGGUAUACUUAAAUGUACAGUUACAAAUCCUUACGGAACAGUAUCGGCACAUGCAAAUAUAUUAAUGUCUGAUAGGAACGAUCUAGUCGUAGGACGAUGAGAAGGACUGACGAUAUCAAAAUUGAAAGACAUUCACGAAA